AAGACACCAUCCACCCACAUUAACCACCUUCGCACUGAACAAGGGGACUAUCAGCUGGAGUCACACGGGCUAGACUCGACAGAGGAAACACCUUGUGAAGUGAUUCAAUCAAAUGCACCGGAGUCAAAUAUAAACUCACUUCAUGACAGCAUCGACCGGUCUUAUUUGCCCUCGGACUAUUCAGUAGUGGAGUCUACAGUGCCAGAUGAAGAGGACGACAAAAAUUAUACGACUACAGCUGUAUCUUCUAAAUGUGAACGUGACUCGACAGAUCCUCAAGACUGUCAAACCUCGGUUCCAUCCAAUAAUGGCCUGGAGCUAUUUCAGUCCACAGCUGUCGUCAGUCAAUUUGAUACGCUCUCGAUUCAUCAGCCGCCAGAAGCCACGCCUUCUGCCGGUAUGCCAAGCACUAAGGACCUGAGAGCCCUUCGGAGGCUGCCCAACAGUGUUUCGAAACAGCGCUACAGCACAUCCUCAAGCGUUUUUGGUAAUAAGCGGGGCGAUUUUGAUAUCACACCAGACCAGGUUAAUGUUGAAGACCUCAGGGCGGCUCUUCAACAGCUAUCCCGUGAUGCGCGAUUUCGGAGCAUUCGUCCACCCUGGCGUGAUCCGAACUCGCAGGCCCUGCCAAGCGACGAUACCGCGUGUGUGGAGGAGAUGCUGCGUGAGUACAACCUCCUUACGUCAGCCUCCAAAAAGUACGGCAAAGCCGGCUUGGCAACUCCACAGUUGGUAGUUCGUAGACCCUAUCACACCACUCUCAACAGGUGGCGCCAGCAGGAACGUAUACAAAUGGAAAACUUUUACAUGGCGAAUCGUCUAAAGAACGUUCAGCCUAGUCCCGAGAUAUCGCGCGAAGAGCUUCUGAAACGUCACAAGGAGUACUUCAUAACGCCCUUGACCGCUCGGAGUUUGACCAGUCUAGCUAGUACCGACCACAUGGACUUUGAAUUUGGAUCACACCGGUCACGCAAUUCCUCCUGUUGUUCGACUCUCUCACGUCCAUUUUCUGCUAACCCCGUCAAACUGUUGCGGCCAGUUACAGCUAGAAGGCGCGAGUUCACCCAGGAAGCGUCAGCACGCAGCUCCAGACCACUCACCUCCAGCAGUGUCUCUCGGACCAAGUCCAGGAAGCCGAAGUCAGCGUCGAGCGUCAAGCCACCCACCAAAGGCGGCGACCGCCCCCCACCCACGUGCAACUGCACCUCCAAGCACCCCAACCACAGCCCACAGGCCAGCGAGCUGAUCGACAGCCUAAACUCGGUCCGCAAGGCGCUCUACAUCGAGAGAGCAAAUGGAAAAUUGUGA